UGCGACAGUUGACAGAGAGGAAAGACAAACAGGCGCAACUGAGAAGUCACCGCCCUGUGAGCUGCAGAUUACCGCUAUGCUGCCUCAGGACAGCCGAGUUAGGAUUAUUAAUCUGACACAUUUCACUGACCAGAGCGUCCAGACCAGAGCAGGGUUUCCAAGAUGAAAAAAAACAAGGCCAGGAUUAUCUUAGUUGUUGGAGCACUUUUCCUGUUGGUUCUCCACCUCUUCAGGUACUCGGAUCACAGAACCUUCCAACGCCAGAAGAACACAGCAGGGAGUACUAAGCUAAAAGAGACAACUAUCAAAAGCAAACCUUUUGUAUACACCUGGCAAAAAUGCCAGCGAAAUGUGAAUGCUGCAAACAUCACAGGCUUUAAAGACCUCCCUCAGAAUAUCAAAGACUUUCUCUACUAUCGUCACUGUCGACAUUUCCCCAUGCUGCUCGACCUCCCUGAUAAAUGCGGAGGAGCGGCGGAAUCUGGAGCCGUUUUCCUUCUGCUGGUCAUCAAGAGUUCCCCUGCAAACUACGAACGGCGAGAGGUGCUGCGGAAAACCUGGGCUAAAGAAAGGUUACACAACGGUGUGUGGAUUCGAAGGAUUUUCCUUUCUGGAGUAUCAGGAACUGGUUAUCAGAAAGAGAGAUUAAACACUCUCCUUCAGCUGGAGCAAAAGCACCACAGAGAUAUACUCCAGUGGGACUUUAAUGACUCGUUCUACAACCUCACUUUGAAGCAGAUACUCUUCCUGGAAUGGAUGGAAAGAAACUGUCCGAAUGCUCGCUUCCUUCUCAAUGGUGACGACGAUGUGUUUGCCAACACAAACAACAUGGUUGUGUAUCUCCAGAGCCUUGAGAAAAAUAAUGGGAGCCAGCAUCUCUUCACCGGCCAUCUGAUCCAGAAUGUGGGGCCCAUCAGAGCAUCAGGGAGCAAAUAUUUCAUCCCAGUUCAGGUUCAAGAAUCAAAUUCAUACCCUCCAUACUGUGGUGGAGGAGGCUUCCUUCUGUCGGGGCAUACAGCUAUGAUUAUAUACCAAAUGUCCAAAUCCAUAGAGAUUCUACCCAUUGACGAUGUUUUCAUGGGGAUGUGCCUCGCCAAAGCCGGACUUGGCCCGUCUUCACACAUGGGAGUGAAGACAGCAGGGCUGCACAUUCCCUCUGAAAAAGUAGAUGAAUACAGUCCAUGUUAUUAUAAAGAAAUGCUACUGGUUCACAGGUUCCUGCCGGCUCAGAUGUACCUGAUGUGGCACAGAAUCGAGGACCCAAAUCUAAAGUGUGGUGGCUCGUAGGAAACCCCCUAACAGAACUGAACAUCUAAUGCUUUAUUUGGGUUCUGUUGGGCUGCUUUGAAAGACUUUUUUUUAAGAUCCUGUUUGCUGAAUAUGAGCAAAGUAUUUUGCAUUUAGAAUUUCAGCCAUAAAAUAUGAAAUGCAAGUGAAGCCAGUCAUAUUUUUGUACGUUUAUUAGAUGUUUAAUUUG